CCGAGAUUCUGCCCAAUUUCUAGGACGUAUCUCGGAAUUCAUCAAUGGAAACACAAAAGCAUCACGUAUCGACGUUUAAGAAUGAAAAUUCGAACUAUUGCAAUGUACCCGAGGAACCUAUAGACUUGACCGUUGCGCCUACUGAUUUAACUUACGGCAAUAAAAGUUUCGCUGCUUUUCAUAAUGAACACGUUAAAUUUAUUAAUAGAAAAAUUAUAUCUCCGGUAGAUGCGCAAUCGUAUCAGAUGGUGAAUUGCGCGUUAGAGAAGAAAAAGAAAAAAAAGCUAGUUUAUAUGAACGUAGGAAAACUUGUAUUAGUUACCGAUAACUUAACCUCGCAGGAUUUUACGCAAGCUAAGCAGGUAGAAAUUUUAAAAGCAGCCAAAUCCCUUUUCUCCAAACGAACGAGAACCUUGUACCAUUGGAUGUACCCAACAGCUUCCAAACAACAAAUCAAAACCACCGUGAUGACCUCCUGGGACUCCCUAGCAGAAAGCGAGAAAGCUUUCUACAUCUCACAGGUGCUGGGGCGCUUCGGCCUGAGCCAAAGCAACCUCAUGGUCAAUCCCCAACUGGACGCCAUCAAAGAACCCCCGCCUCUCGCCGAGCGGCUGGUGCGCAGCACCAAGUCCCGGGAGCUACAAAGCGCCAUAUCCAGCAUCAGCCCCGGCGCCGAAUCCGCCCCGGCGGGCGCCAAUUCGCUCACGUUCGAGGAAUUCGAGGCCAUCAACGAGAUGACGAGGAAGCGACGGGGCCGGCCCAAAGGCAAGAAUCUGAUCAAACGAGCGAAGCAGUCGAGCGACGACUUCCACGACGAUCCCGAACUCAGCCAGGAAUUGGAGAAGUUCGCUGUUAAAUUUAAUUUGAAUAGGUUUUGUUGAAGUCGGUGUGCUAUUGUAGUCGGUUAUUGCUAGUGUAAUUUAUUUUCUUUA